GGAUAGCACCGUGCAUUUUUGGGGUGUAAAAAACUAAAACAGAAUUCACCAUUUAAUAAAAUCAAAUAAAAGAUGAUCGUUUUGGCGAAAUAAAAUUAAAUUAUUAAAUUCCUAUCUACUAAUGUUUAGUGAUGAAAGAUGCAAUGUAAUUAAAGUGUUAAAUUUAAAAAUCCCGUAAAGCAAUUGCCUGUUUUGUGAGUGAAUUGUUUUGAGGGAUAUCCAGAAUGCCAAGUCUAAUUGGGGUGUCUGAAUUUGUGGAUGAAACCAGGGAAGAUUACAACUCUCCUAUAACAUCUACAUUUGUAUCAAGGAUGCAGCAUUGCAGAAAUACAAUUACAGCACUUGAAGAGACUCUGGAUUUUGACAGAGAUGGGUUAACGAAAAUGAAAAAGGCAAUUAAGGCUAUCUAUACUUCGGGGAACACCCACGUUGAUAAUGAAAUGUACUUAGCGAGAGCGUUAGAAAAAAUUGGAAGCAACGCCAUUUCGAAAGAUCAGGAAAACGACAUUGGAGCCGCAUUUAUUAAAUUUGCGGUAGUGACAAAAGAGCUGUCCGCUUUAAUGAAAACAUUAAUGCAGAAUAUAAAUAAUAUUGUUAUGUUUCCUUUAGAUAAUUUAUUGAAAGGCGAUUUAAGAGGCGUUAAAGGUGAUUUGAGAAGACCGUUCGAUAAAGCGUGGAAGGACUACGAGAACAAAUAUGUUAAAAUUGAAAAGGAAAAGAAGCAGCAAGCUAAAGAAGCGGGUUUAAUACGAACCGAAGUAACCAGUGCCGAAAUCGCAGACGAGAUGGAAAAGGAAAGGCGAUUGUUUCAGUUGCAAAUGUGUGAAUAUUUAAUUAAAUUUAACGAGAUUAAAACAAAGAAGGGUAUAGACUUAUUGCAGAACCUCGUUGAAUAUUAUCAUGCUCAAACAAAUUACUUUCAAGAUGGCUUAAAAACAAUAGAGCAUUUUGGUAGUUACGUGGCAGAUUUAAGUAUUAAGUUACAAAAAAUUAAACAAAAGCAAGAAGAUGAGAGAAGAAAAUUGACUGAUCUCCGUACGCUUAUCCGAGCGGUUCCAGGUAUCGAUAAAGAGGUACCUAUACUACCAGACAAGGGUGCCGGUUAUUCCCUCCAUCAACUACAAGGAGAUAAACACCAUGGUGUAACUCGUACAGGUCAUCUUUUAAAAAAAUCGGAAGGGAAAAUGCGGCGCGUUUGGCAGAAGCGAAAGUGUCGAGUGCAAGCGGAAGGCUUUUUGGAUAUUUGUCACGCCGACGAGAAUAAGCCACCGACUCGCGUUAACCUAUUAACUUGCCAAAUUAAAAUGGUUCCAGACGAUAAACGAGGCUUUGAUCUCAUUUCAUAUAAUCGCACCUAUCACUUUCAAGCGGAGGAUGAAGCAGAUCAACAUGCGUGGAUGUCGGUUUUGAUUAAUUGCAAAGAGAUGGCGCUGAUGAAGGCUUUUGAUGAUAGCAGCAAGAGCGGUAGCAAUAAGGUGAAUCACAGUUUGAUUGAACUUCAGCAAGCAAUUAUUCGUUACAUUCAAAGGAUUCCCGGAAACGAUCAUUGCUGUGAUUGUAAUUCACAAAAUGAUGCUACGUGGUUGUCGACAAAUUUUGGUGUAAUAGUGUGUAUAGAAUGUUCUGGAAUACAUAGAGAUUUAGGUGUUCACAUAUCCCGUAUACAAUCAUUGACGUUAGAUAAUUUAGGUACCAGCCAGUUACUACUGGCUCGAUUUAUGACUAAUCAAACAUUCAAUGAUAUUAUGGAAGCGAAUUUAGUUUUUGGUAACAAACCCACACCGUCCAGUAGUAUGGAAGAGAGAUUUAGUUUUAUUAGAGCAAAAUAUGUAGAAAAGCGUUAUGGUAUGAAAACUUGUGAAAGUGAAAGAGAUAAACUGUGUGACUUGGAGGAUGCCAUUAGUAAUGGUGACUUAAGUUUACUGUUGCAAGCGUUUGCUGAAAAUGUCGACUUCACUGCUCCAUUACCUUCUUCGGAUAUGGGAGGUACUGCGUUACACCAUGCCAUUAUGAAGGAGAAUGGAAAAUCCUUGCCCGUAGUAGAUUUCUUAGUACAAAAUAUGUCCUCGCAGGGACUGGAUAAACUGACGGCUCCACCCAAUUCUCCAGAUGUUAUGGGUUGUAAUUCUGCUCUACACUUAUGCGCAUUGUACGACAAAUCGGAGUGUAUGAAAUUGUUACUUCGUAGCGGUGCGGACAUUACCAUACGCAAUUCGCAGGACAAGACACCAUUUGAAAUAGCACAAGUGAUGGGGCACCAUAGUUGCCAAGAAUUAUUGCAGAAUGUGGUGAAUAGACAGAAGCAUUUGUUUGACAAUGUAAAUAUAGAUUGGAACCUAUCGCACGAUGACGGUUCUACAGACUUUUCUGACGACGAUACUAUAAUAAUCGACGAUAGGAACGGCUCACUCACCCCCGAAAGAAAGAAUCGUUCUAGACCACCUAGUUAUACAGGAGCAGAUUCUCCAGUAACCUUGCGUUCUAGAUCGUCUACUUGUGAUAGUCUGCAGUCUGGUAGCAGUCCUAAUAGUAAUACAAAACAAAUGCCACCACCUCCUCCUCCUCAAUCGCGAAAACCUGUGAUAGUUAAUCUCCACGGAAGCUUAAAAAAAAGAGUAGCACCCAUGCCUCCGGCCGGCGCAGUCUUUGGUUCUAAUGCGACUCCGAUUUCUGGUGCAGCAACGAUGUAUGGCACAUUACCAAGCUGUCAUACUCGUACACCUUCCGAUCCUGCAGUUGCUGCUAGUUACCAUACCUUAAGUCAUACUCAUAAACGUUCGCCAAGUAGUGAUUCAAAUGCCAGUAGAUCUGUGAUUCACAUGGGUAAUAAACUAGUCAUAUCUUCCGAGAAUAAAAAUUCGGAAAAAUUGUUACUUAAAAGACCACAGAAUCCACCUCCACCUGCGCCAAAUUCUGGAAACAGAUUAUCAAAUGGACGUUCUUCAGAAAGUAUAUCAUCUUUGGCGUCAGAUUUUGAAGUUACCGGAGAACCUGUGCCUCCCCCUCGCAGAAGGAAACCUAUUUGUCAACUGAGGAAUCGUGCAGAAGAAAGUGAUGUAAUUAAUGUGGCGUCAGAUUCUCCUAUGCAUAAAAUAUCAACUAGUCCGGCAUCUACAGUGUCUGUUUCAUCGCCACGUGCCAUUCCGAAUAGAACGUUAUAUGUGCCAAAUGGAAGCAACAUCAGAAGAUGUCGAGCGCUCUACGAUUGUCAGGCGGACAAUGAUGACGAACUAUCUUUUCAAGAGGGGGAAAUUAUUAUCGUAAUCAAUGAGCAUACGGAUGAUGAGAAUUGGAUGGAAGGUGUGGUCGAAAACCAACCGGAUCGUCGUGGAAUGUUUCCUAUAAGUUUUGUGCAUAUGUUACCAGAUUAGUGUUAUUUUAAAUUUAUGUAUAUAAAUUAGCGUGACGUGUUGUCUAUGCUACACAUAUAGUCCACAGAAUGUAUAUGUUCAUUGAAUUUAGUUGAGGAAGCGUCAGUUUUAUAUUGUGAUAUUCUAACUUUUAACUUAAUUAUUUCUUUAUCAUCGUACUGCUAUGUUAGGAUUAGUAGUGAAUUAAUUUCUUUUUGCUUACAGGUGCUACACAGAUUAAAAUUAUGUAUUAAACUGAAAUUGAAAUUUAAGUCCAUGUACUGUAAUUAUAAUUUCUAUUACCGGUGGAUAGAACACUGUGAAGUAGUUCUAAAAUGUGGCGAUUUAUUUGGAUGUGUUUAUCAGUACUUUAUCCGCUCGGUCCAGAGUAUUGCACAAAUUAUUGUAUAUAGCCAUAUUUUUGUAGAAAUUUAUUUGAUAAGUGUAUCUGUUACUGUGUUUCAAUUACUAAACCAAAGAAAAAGAGUCUAUCUGAGAAAUGAGGAGUAUCAUAAACCUGUAAAUACUUUCCGCACAUUUUAGACUUACCCUAAAAUGUUGUAUUAUUUAUUGUGCAAUUGGCCACAUACUUUCCGUUUCAUUACUACAGCCUGCAAAAAUUGUAUUAAUGAAUACAUAUCUCUUUGUGUGCUAAUUUAAUUUACAGUAUUCGAGAAUGCACAGACAGGCUUAUGUGACAUGGCUUUAAUUGUGUAUGUAAUAUAUAAAUAAUCCUGUAAUUUGUACGUUGCAAAUACAGAUUUUAUUAAAUUAAUAUCCGAAGUAAUAAUA